AUGGGGCGCGAUUCGGCUUUGUUUAGGCACCUAUCUCAGGUGGAUUUCGAGGAAAUCUGGCUGAAAGGUACGUCCGAGGCAAAGGAGGUUAUUGACCGGGAUGGUAAAGAAGCCGAUGAUGAAGGCGACGACAAAGAUAAGGAGGAGGCCGAAGAAGCAGAGGCCGAUAGGGUAACUCUAAAACUCCUAAAGAUCGCCAAAGAGCGGGCCGAGUCGAUUGAGGAGUUAUACUUGGAAUGGCACGAGCACCGGUUCGGCACACCGUAUAGGGAAAUCCUACUGGGCCACACAAACUUGGAAUGCAUCCACAGACUAGAGGAGGUGGAGGACUUGAUCAUGAAUCUCACAAACUCCAACACAAUUCAAGAGGUAUUACACCGAACCUGCCUCUUAAAACCAAAGGUCCAACUACGGAAGCUAACCACACGCAUCCGGAAAAUUACGGAGGAGUUCAAAGCGGUGGGACCGGAAGACACCUUAACACCGCGGGUGUUAGAAAGGCUUGAAAAAGCCAAAGGAGACCUCAUUCAAGAAAUUGACCGGCUAGAAGCAAUAUGCAGUCAAAGAAAAAUACCGGUCUACACUGCUACCCGGAUCGAAACAAGUCCGGAUCACUGUACAACACCUCCAAGGGAGAAUGCGGCAUCAAAAGAAUCCGAUGAAAGAGCGGAUCCUAAACCCACCGGGCAAUCCCCUUCUUCACAACCGGAAGUCUCCGCAUCAGACUUCACAAAGGAAUGGGUUGAGGGCCGUCUCCAAAGGCUUGAAGACUCAACAGCAGAACGGAUUGAUAGCCGAAUUCAAGAGUUUGAAGACUCUGCGGUUCAGCCAUUCAAGGAGAGAUCCCAAAGAAUCGUUGGCUCGGCACUCAAGUUCGCCGACACCACAAGGUAUCUCUUGAACAGAAAUCAGGAACGGAUCUCAGAAAUGGACGAAGAUCUGCAGGAAGAGGCGGCUCUGCGCAGUAAAUAUGUUAAGCGAACCGCAAUUCUGGAGGAUUUGACCUCCGAGUUAAAGAAAGACUUCGACCGGUUUGAAAGAGAGACCGAUCAACGAUGGCUGAUGACCUGGUCGACACAACACUCGGACGAGUCUCCGAACUCGAGAAGAAAAAUGAGGGAUGCGCUGGAUGCCGAAGCGGGUAAAGAGAAGGAGGCACCGCGAUCAUCCCAACUUACCGAAGAAGAAGAGGAAGCCGAACGGAUUCGAAGGUCAGAGGCCAUGUUCCCAGGACUUGCUAAAAAAGCAGCCGCUCAAGCUGCGAAGGAUGCUGAGCGGUUGGAAAGGGAAACACGGAGGCUGGAAGGCUUCGCAGCCGACAACAAGAAGAAAAAGGCGGUCUCUUCUGCUUCAGCGCCAAAAAAGCGAAAGAGGGAAGCCCAAAGAAAGUUCAAAUAG